AGAACGUUUGUGCUGAUAUUAAAACCUAGAACUGAGAUAUUUGCUCCACAAUUUAAACUGGUUGUAGUCCAUGCUGACGGCAGUGAAAAUAUUGUUUCUUUUAAAGAAGGGGACUUUUACUCUGGUACUGUUGAAGGUGAGGAGAAUUCAGAAGUACAUGGAUAUUUUGAUGAUGAUAAUUUUGUGGGUACUAUUGAUGUUGACGGUCAGUUGUACGUUAUUGAGGCUGCUUGGCGUCAUCUCCAUGGUAACACGCAAUCUGAAGGAUCAGAUCAAAUGUUAAUGUAUAGAGGUCAAGAUAUAAAAUGGCCUGGUGGACAAAAAAAUGGACUCUAUUUCAUUUUCAGGAACAAAUACUGUAAAUCAGCCCAUGUAGAAGAUGAUACAGAGAUCCAAAAAGACAAGAGACAACCAACGGAAAGAAUUCUGAGUCGUAAGAAACGAGCCACGCCCUCUAAAAAUACAUGUGAUGUAUAUGCAGUGGCCGAUUAUAAAUUCUUCAAGACUAUUGGUCGAAGUGAUAUUUAUAAAACAGCCAAAUAUAUCGUCGACGUCAUUAAGAACACAGAUACCUUGUAUCGUAAAAUAAAUUGGGAAGGUUCCAAUGAUUUUACUGGUCUAGGUGUUGAAAUUGGUCUGAUCAAAAUACAUGACAGCUACACUGAUACUGUUUCACUACACUAUAAUAAAGACAAGAGUGAUUGGGAGACUACAAAUUUGUUAAAGGUAUUUGGUCGUGAUUUGACCAUGACAUCAUAUUGUUUAGGUCAUCUAUUUACUCAUGAAAGCUUCACAGACAAUGUUCUGGGUCUAGCAUACAUAGCUUCCAGUAGAAUAGGCAGUGCCGGUGGAAUAUGCUCUCCAACACGUGUAUCAGCAGGGUUUGAAACAGCUUUCAACACAGCUUUCACAUCCACUUCUAAUGCCAAUGGAGAUACAGUACUUAAAGAACAGUCAGACUUAGUCACAGCCCAUGAGAUUGGCCACAAUUGGGGCAGUGAACAUGAUCCUGAUACCUCAGAGUGUGCCCCAUCCUCUUUCUCUGGCGACGGAAAAUAUCUGAUGUACCCAUUUUCUGUAGCCGGUUACGAUUCAAACAAUGAUAAAUUCUCUCCCUGCAGUAAGAGAUGGGUCAGUGAAGUUUUAGCAGCCAAAGCUGAUUUUUGCUUUAAAGAGCCUACCCCAGUAACAGAUUGUGGAAACGGUAAAUUAGACGCAGGAGAGGAAUGUGAUGCAGGGUUCCUGGGAAAGUAUGGUCAGGAUGAAUGCUGUAACACGCGCUGCCAGUUAAAACAAGGUGCAAUCUGCAGUCCAUAUAACCAUGAGUGCUGUGCAAGUACAUGCGAUAUGGCGCAGGUGGGAACGAUAUGUAGAAAUGAUACCUAUACAUCUUGUAAGAAGAUUGGAUAUUGUACAGGGAACAGCUUGGAAUGUCCAACAGAGGAAGAUGCUGAUGAUGAUACUGACUGUAGAGAUGAUGGUAUUUGUCGAGGUGGAAGGUGUCUGGGACUCUGUGAGCGAAAUCGACUAACUCCUUGUCUCUGUGAAGAAGUGGAUACAUCUUGCAAUAGAUGUUGCCGUGGAAACGCAACUGGUAAUGUCUGUGUUCGUGCUGACCCUCUCACUGCUUUACCAGACGGCAGACCUUGUGUUCAAGGCUACUGUGCUUCUGGUUCUUGUAAGAAAGCAGCCCAGAGUUUGGUUGAGAGGUUGUUUGAUUUUAUAGAGAGUAUCACUUUUGAUAAAAUUUUGAUAUUUUUUAAAGAUAAUAUAGUGGGUGUUAUCUUGGUGUUUAGUCUUAUAAUCUGGAUACCAGUUUCUUGUUUUGUUUCCUAUUAUGUAAGUGUGUAA